AUGCGAGCUGUAGAAAAUAUCGUUCAAGAACGUCGACUACUCGAAGAGAUUGAGUACCCGCUAGUGUGUAAUCUGCGAUACGCAUUUCAAGAUGACGAAAAUAUGUUUAUGGUGCUGGACCUGAUGUUGGGCGGGGACCUGAGGUUUCAUUUGGAACGGCAAGGGCAGAUGAAAGAGGAGGUGGUGAAGUUUUAUGUGGCGGAAGUGAGUUUGGGGUUACAUUAUUUACAUUCGAAAAAGAUUGUGCAUCGUGACCUCAAACCUGAUAAUGUAUUGUUGGAUGAAAAAGGGCAUGCUCAUCUAACGGAUUUUAAUAUCGCGAUUCAUUUCACGGAAAAGAAACCUCUUACAUCGGUUGCUGGAUCUAUGGCUUAUAUGGGAGUCGUGAUGUAUGAAUUGCUUUUUAGUAAGCGGCCAUUUCGAGGAAAGACCAAUUCUGCACUCACGCAUGCUAUUCUACAUGAACCUCUUCAAUUUCCCGAGAAUGUUUCGGAUUUAGUUUCUGAAGAAUGUAUUGAUUGUCUAUCUCGGUUUUGCGAGCGUGAUAUUUCGAAGAGACUUGGGUGUGGACCUAAUGGGAUCGAAGAUAUAAAAAGACAUCCGUGGUUCAGCGAUAUUGAAUGGGAUCGGCUUGAUACAAAACAAGCAAAAGCUCCAUUCGUGCCAGAUUCAAAAAGAGCAAAUUUCGAUGCAACCCAUGAGCUCGAAGAACUUUUACUCGAAGACAAUCCGCUUAAGGCCAAAAAACGUGCGAACCCAAACCAAGAUCUCAGUGAAUUAUCAAAAGAAAUGCGAAUGAUGGAAGAAAGAUUCUUGAAUUACGAUUUCACAAAAAUGCGACGAAUUAAGAGACGAAAGAGUGAAAAUCGAAAUCUCAAUAACUUGAUGGCGACAGGUGAACGGGGAGCAAGUACAACAUCAAGUUUACCUCGAUAUGAUUACGCCGCUACUGCUGAAGGACCCAAUUAUCACAAUUUCAACUCUGAGAAGAAUAAUAAUGCAGAUAAUACCCAGUUAAUGGAAAAAAUAAAUAAAGGAGAAUGGUUAAACGAAAGACCAGCAUCACCACAAAAUCGAGAAAGAAGAUCCACAUUAGCAUUUGCCGGAUUAGUAACUAAUGGUCGAUCAAGUCCAGUAAUAUCAAGUGAUUCUGAUUACUUUUCAAUGAAACCUUAUCCUCCUACAAAUGCAUCUGGUCGUGUUUCUCCUCCAGGUUCAAUAGCUCCUUCAAUUACUGAUAGUCUCAAAUGUGCACCAUCCUCAUUAUCAACAAUCAAUACUAAUCACCCGCCAGUUAAAUCACCCAUUGUUUCACCUACAACAUCAUUAACUCCACCACCACGAGUUCAAUCACCUACAAUAAUAGCUCAAGUGACAUCUGCAAAAUCUCCGCCGCCAACUCUAACAUCAUCAUCAUCUAAUUCUUCAUUUAAUAGCAGACCUCGAAAUGAUUCUAUACCUUCAAUUCCUCCUUCAAUUUCCACUCAUGGCAUCACAUCGUCAUCUGCUCCACCGCCUUCAAGAGUGCAUACAUUGUCGCCGCCAGCUACAAGUAAACGUCCACAAAUAUUAGAUUCCCCAGAUUAUACUACAUUAAUAUCAACAGAACCAAAACAACUUUGGCCAGUUGAGUUAGAUGAAAAUGCCACAACAACUCCAAAUACGUCCACAACAAGUGGCUCAGCUGGGAGUAGGCUUUCGUCUGAGAUUAGUGUUGGUAGAUCACGUGGUAGUGGACAUUUUCGCACUGCGAGUGAUGUUAGUAAUGGAUCGGGUGCUUUGAGCGCAGUUGGCGUACCGGCUGGUCUUUAA